ACGGAUAAAGGCAUCACAAAGGGGGAAGCGGGACGUUUUAGCUUUUAUCCAGCUGAUUCCGUUGAUUCUGGCUCAACUUUUUCACCUGAUACUGCGUUUGUGUUUUUGGAACCCCUGUAGCCUUUAAAAUGAAUGAGAUUACUUUGUUGCGCAAAGUUCCUAAAUCACAAAGGGGGAAGCGGGACGUUUUAGCUUUUAUCCAGCCAAGACGCGUUCAUACGCGUACUUAUUUAUUGAUAGUGCCUUUUUGUUAUUUAAUGAUCGCGGGACAGCUAGGCGGGGACAACUAACGCCACCUAAAAUGAAGUUCCGGGGUGAACUGAGAGACGCGUACUAGCCUGCUAGCUAAGUUAGCUAAACUGUGAUCGCCUUUUCUUCCUCGUUGUUUUUUGAGAUGUCGGGAUGCUUUUAACCAACAUGGAGACAAAAAGAGUGGAGAUCCCCUCCGACGUACUGGACGACCUGUGCAGCCGGUUCAUCCUCCACAUCCCGAGCGAGGAGAGGGACAACGCCAUCCGGGUGUGUUUCCAGAUCGAGCUGGCCCACUGGUUCUACCUGGACUUCUGCAUGCAGAACACACCGGGUUUACCUCAGUGUGGCAUCAGAGACUUCGCCAAAGCUGUUUUCCAACACUGUCCCUUCCUGCUGCCCCAUGGAGAGGAUGUGCAGAAGGUCAUAGAGCAGUGGAAGGAGUACAAGAUGGGUGUCCCCACCUAUGGUGCCAUUAUUUUAGACGAGGCACUGGAAAACGUCCUGCUUGUCCAGGGCUAUCUGGUGAAGUCAGGGUGGGGCUUUCCAAAGGGCAAGGUCAAUGAAGAUGAAGCUCCCCAUGACUGUGCAGUUCGGGAAGUUUUGGAGGAGACGGGCUUCGACAUCAAGGAUCGCAUCUGCAAAGACAUGUUCAUUGAGCAGAAAAUCACUGACCAGCUGGCCCGGCUCUACAUCAUACCAGGAGUGUCAAAGGACACCAAGUUCAACCCCAAAACCAGGAAGGAGAUCAGGAACAUCGAGUGGUUCCCGAUUGAGAAGCUUCCGUGUCACAGGAACGACAUGACUCCAAAGUCUAAACUUGGACUUGCCCCUAAUAAGUUUUUCAUGGCCAUUCCGUUUGUGAGACCGCUGAGAGAAUGGAUUGCCAGAGUGAAGGGGGAGUCCACAGACAGCGAUGAGGACUUUGUGAACACCGGCAGCCUUCCAUGGAAACCUUUGGACAAUCCACGCUCAAAAUACAGGUGUUCCCAGGGCGCCGAAACAUCUCCAGGAGACAGCUGGGCCAAAUACAAGCAACAGAAGGCCCUCGGACAACUGGGCCAGUAUGAGCUCGGUCAGGUCACGAAAGUCAAAAACCCAAAUGUGAAAGGCAACGGGAGGAAGUGUCAAGAUUCCCCUAAUGUGAAGAAGGGGGUCAAUGGCAAUGGAGUCAGCAGCCAGCCGGUGAAAACGUCAGCAAAGGAGGAGAAGAGAUUUCAGCCCAGAAGACUGCAAGACAGUUUUGAGAAAGACGGGGCCCAGUGCAGCUCCACCAACGGCCACGAGACAGUCUACACCUCAGACUGUGAACAGCUGCUCUCCUCCAGGUCCUUCCUCAACUUCAGAUUCGACAGGGAAGCCAUCAUGAAAUGUUUUGACUCCUGAUACAGCCGAAGAAAUGCUGCACCCUUUGCUGGAACAUGCUAGAUUCUCAGCCUCAGAGACAUGUUUUGAUAUUUGAAUACAGAUGAGGGUUAUGCUGAACAGAGUGCCUCUUUCAGCACUGUCAGUUAUACACCCUCACACCUUGGAGUUGGAGUUGCCCAUUUCAACACGUUUUCUACUGCCUGCCCUCAAGCACAUCCACUCACCUCUACUGGUGGAACCAGGAGUCAGCUGCCUUGCUCAAGGGCAUAUAAAUGGACUUGACACUAUCAAUCAUUGAUUUCUCUUAUCCCAGUUUUCGGGUCAAUCCAGGGAGCUGGCCCCAACUUGAUUCUCUCACCCUCAGGCUAAUGUCUCGGGGGUAUUGUUCAGAGUUAGAAACAAAUUUCUAAGAAUUUGUUGGUCUUCUGUCCCACACUUGGAAUAUCAAAUCCCAGCGCUUUGCCUUUGGAUACAGUAAAUCAUGCUCGACUCUGUGGGAGACGGACGUGGACAUUGUGCAUGGACCAAAUGUUCAAUUUCAGCUCCUGCAGGGGAGGUUUACUUGGUUGUCAGUCAUUUGAAGGCAAAAAAAAAUCUUUGAGAAUGGCAUGGAUUUUACCCACUUCUGGAAAUAUAGUGAUGAUUUGGCUGUGUGGAAAAAUUCCAAAGAAAUAUUCUGGUAAUUGAUCGUUUUGUUUAUCAUUUUGAAAUGAUUUUAAGGACUUCACAAUCUCAGCAUGGGUGAUUUUCUUCAUUCUUCCAACUGAGCUCCGCAUAAAGCGAGAUGUCGGCACCGUACUGUGUUCAGUGGUUUACUCCUAAAAGUACUACAGAUUUUACUCAGGAAUUUAGAAUGUAAGAGAAAAGAGAAAGGAGCAAGCGUUGGUCAGCAUUGGUGUCAUAACGUCCGUUUGUUAAAUGUACAUGUUACAGAUGUGAAUGAUGUGUCUCCUGAGCCUUAUGUUCUCUCUAUCUGGUGCACCUCUCACUUGUACGGUGGUGGUUCUCUGCCACGCUUCAUCCUGACCCACAAGCCUGCAGAUUUUCAUCCCCCCUCUAAGCACUGCAGUAGCAUGGCGGAUGAUGUUAGUUGUGGUCACGCAUUUAAGUCUGGAAGUAGGGAUUGUGUAGCAGGUGAUCUCAAAUUGUGACUUGGCUUCAGUGGAGUGUAAUUACUUUCAAAGUGAUUGUUAAUAAAAUAUUUCAAAAAUCACACCCAUGCUCAGUCUUCUGCCUAA